AUGGAAGAUAAAGGAAAUAUGUUUCUAGGAAAGUGUAGGCGCCACGCGUGCCCAGACGACACGGUGUGUGUACCAGACGGCACCACGUCACCAAAACGGUACAGCUGCGAACCAUCUGACAGCAAUGGAAACAAGACGAGUUAUUUUGAUCUCAGCCAUAUUGAAACACGUUUCUGUAUAAAGAAUAACUCUUCUUUCACGAGCUACGACAUGAUCUGGCCGACAGGUUCCUACUGCAUACUGAAGUACGGAGGCUCCUGUCCUUCUGGUUUCCAAAGCGGUUUCAUACAUUGGGACAACGAAGAUAAAGAUAACGCAAAUGCCCGAGGCGGAACUCUGCCGGAUGGCGUAUACGACAGUGACACCAGGAUUUACUUAUGCUGCAGGAACGACGGUCUGACAUCAACGGCGAUCAGUCUGCCCGUGGAUCGGCCCUUCAUCCUGAUGCGCCUGUCGGCAGUCUGUCAGACCGUAAUGUGUGUCACGGAGGUGCUUGUGCGUUGGGAUGACGAAGACGACGUCAACGACAGCGACCGCGGCGGAAUGCACCCGUACGACGACGGCAGUAUUCUUGACCACCGGCUGUACUUCUGCUACUAUCAUGGAUGA